AUGAUGGACUCAGUCAGGCGAACUCUCACUAAACUUACCCUCAAGCCAAGUUCUGAGUGCGAACGGCACCGACACCCGUCUCUAAGUAACGACAACUGGAUUGAUUUCAGGGACUGUGAUACAGAAAAUCCUCUGAACUGGCCUCUCGCCAGAAAGCGAUACAUAUCUGCAAUCGCCGUGUUUAUAACUUUGAACGGUUGUUUUGCCAGUAGUAUCACAACGGGAGCAACCGAGUCUAUCACUCAAGAAUUCGGUGUCUCACGUGUUGCUGCAGGACUCACCACGUCUCUCUUCCUCCUCGGCUUCUGUGCCGGUCCUCUCAUAUUUGGACCCUUGUCUGAAUUCUACGGUCGUCGUUGGAUGCUCUAUACGACACUGUUUCUCUACCUCGCUUUUACAUUCUUGACGGCCUGGCCACCCAACUUUGGAGCACUUUUGGUUGGCAGGUUUCUCGCUGGAAGUACCGCCGCGGGACCUGCCACCAUUGUUGGUGGUAUCCUUGUUGACCUCUGGGACAAAUGUGCUUGCGGCAAUGCCAUGGGCGUCUUUAUCUGGGCCGCCUGGGUCGGUCCAGCUCUUGGGACUGUCAUAUCCGGAGCCGUGGAGCUGAAGAAGGACUGGCAUUGGGGCAUGUAUGUUUGUCUCUGGUUUGCAGCAUUUUCUUGUCUUGUCGUGUUCACAAUUCCCGAGACGCACAGAAACACCAUCCUUUGUUACAAGGCCAAGACGGCGAGGAAAGAGGGUCACGACGUACAGUCUGAGCAGGAGGCGACCAAACCGAACCUGACUCAAUUGUACAAGAUUGCCCUAAUAAGACCUUGGGGACUUCUCUUGGACGUUAUUGCGUUUCUCUGCUGCAUCUACUCUUGCGUUAUUGCUGCUUUGCAAUACAUGCUCUUCAGCAUAUACCCUAUCGUGUUUCACGACAAGAGGGGAUGGAAUGCAGCCGUUUCCCAGCUUCCGAUAUUCGGACAAGUUAUCGGCGCGUUAUUUGCACUGUUAAUUGUCUUCGCCAACUCUCGGCGCCGGAAGCGGAAGGUUGCGUGCGGGGGGGAGAUCCCUCCGGAGGAUCAUAUGAUCCUGGCUAUGAUCGGCGGCGUAGGGUUCCCCAUCUCCAUGCUCUGGCUUAGCUGGAGUGCUCAGUACAACUCCGUCCACUGGAUCGUGCCUACUAUUGGCGGCACCGUUCUGUCAACGUGCCUGAUGUUGAUCCACGUAUCAUGCUUCAGCUACAUUAUCGACACAUAUGCGGACUACGCCGCUUCUGCUGCUGCGGUGAUCAUAGUGGCACGAUCUUCUAGUGCCGCCGCCGCUCCUCUCUUUACAGCGCAGAUGUUUGACGCCCUUGGAGUCGGCGGCGGUGGUUCGCUUAUCGCGAGUGUGGCGGCGCUUUUGUCCGCCACCCCGUUUUUUUUUUAUCGUUACGGCCAUAGAAUACGAGAAAAAAGCAAAUAUGCUACUUCUUAG